CCGCAACGCCACCCGCAGCCUCAGUCCCCGCCAUCGGCACAGCCUCCGGCGCAACCCCAGCCCCAGCUCCUGCCGCAGCUCCUCCAGACACAGCCCCGCCGCCGACACCCUGGAGGUUGGGAUGCUCUUGUCGAAGAUCAACUCUCUUGCCCACCUGCGCGCCGCGCCCUGCGGCGACCUGCACGCCACCAAGCUGGCGCCCGGCAAGGAGAAGGAGCCCCUGGAGUCGCAGUACCAGGUGGGCCCGCUUCUGGGCAGCGGCGGCUUCGGCUCGGUCUACUCGGGCAUCCGUGUCGCCGACAACUUGCCGGUGGCCAUCAAGCACGUGGAGAAGGACCGGAUUUCCGACUGGGGAGAGUUGCCCAGUGGCACCCGAGUGCCCAUGGAGGUGGUCCUGCUGAAGAAGGUGAGCUCGGGCUUCUCCGGCGUCAUUCGGCUCCUGGACUGGUUCGAGAGGCCCGACAGUUUCGUCCUGAUCCUGGAGAGGCCCGAGCCGGUGCAAGACCUCUUCGACUUUAUCACGGAAAGGGGGGCCCUGCAUGAAGAGCUGGCCCGCAGCUUCUUCUGGCAGGUGCUGGAGGCCGUGCGGCACUGCCACAACUGCGGGGUGCUCCACCGCGACAUCAAGGACGAGAACAUCCUCAUCGACCUCAAUCGCGGCGAGCUCAAGCUCAUCGACUUCGGGUCGGGGGCGCUGCUCAAGGACACGGUCUACACGGACUUCGAUGGGACCCGAGUGUAUAGCCCUCCAGAGUGGAUCCGCUACCAUCGCUACCAUGGCAGGUCGGCGGCCGUCUGGUCCCUGGGGAUCCUGCUGUACGACAUGGUUUGUGGCGAUAUUCCUUUUGAGCAUGAUGAGGAGAUCAUCAGGGGCCAAGUUUUCUUCAGGCAGCGGGUCUCUUCAGAGUGCCAGCAUCUCAUUAGAUGGUGCUUGGCCUUGAGACCAUCAGAUCGGCCCUCCUUCGAAGAUAUCCAGAACCAUCCAUGGAUGCAGGAUGUCCUCCUGCCGCAGGAAACUGCUGAAAUCCACCUCCACAGCCUCUCAUCAGGACCCAGCAAAUAGCAGCUUUUCUCACAGAUCCUCCCUUCCCUGUCAGAUACUUGAGGGAAAGGAAGUUUCUGUUUCCAGUGACACUUCUCGCCAAACAGGACAGUGCUUGAUACAGGAACAACAUUUACAACUCAUUCCAGACCCCAGGCCCCUGGAGGCUGCCUCCAGAUAGUGGGGGAAGAGACUGUGCUCCAGGUGUCCUCCCAACUCUUCCUGUAGAUGCUCUUUCUCAUAGGUGUCCAGCGUUGCUGGAAUCGGCAAAAAUCCCCGGGGCGGGGGGUGGGGUGGGAGUGGGUCAGAACCCUGCCAUGAAACUUUCCUUCAUCACAAGUUCUGCUGAAUGCCGAGAUGGGUCGGGUAGGGGGAGAAUGGGGUGGGGUGGGUAGGACUAUCACCAUUUUAAGUCCCUGUCACCUCUUCCGACUCUUCUGAGUGCCUUCGUGGGGACUCCGGCUGUGCUGGGAGAAAUACUUGAACUUGCCUCUUACCUGCUGCUUCUCCAAAAAUCUGCCUGGGUUUGGUUCCCCAUUUUUUCUUCCCCCCAUCUCUUUCCCCCAUCUUACAUAUGAAAGGUGCCAUGGAAGAGGCUUACAGGGCCAAAUGCUGAGCCACCUGCCCUUUUUUCUGCCUCCUUUAGUAAAACUCCGAGUGAACUGGUCUUCCUUUUUGGUUUUUACAUAACUGUUUCAAAGCCAGGACCUCACACACAAAAAAUGCACAAACAAUGCAAAUCAUCAGAAAAACUGUAAAUGUGUGUACAGUUGGCAUGGUAGUGUACAAAAGGAUUGUAGUUGAUCUAAUUUUUUUUAAUUUUGCCUUUUAAGUUAUUUUACUUUUUUUUUUUUUUUUUGGAAAAGGUGCGCAUUCUAACCUGGAGGUCAACAAUAUGUAUUUAUUUAUUUAUUUAUUUGGUUCCCUUCCUGCUCCAAGCUUCCACGGCUGCUGCCAUAGUUUUCUUUCCUCCUUUCCUCCUCUGACUUGGACCUUUUGGGGGAGGGCUGCGACUGCUUGCUCUGUUAUUAGGGUGACGGGACUCAGCAGGACAGCGGCCGCAGCUCCCUGACUGCCACCGGCCCUGCCUGCUUCCCGGAGUGGGUGUGGGACCUUGGGGGGUGGGGGCGGGGCGGUGUUGCUGGCGGUGUACAUAGGAUAGUUAUAUGAAAAGCAGUUCUGGAUGGUGUGCCUUCCGGAUCCUCUCUGGGGCUGUGUUUUGAGCAGCAUGUAGCCUGCUGGUUUUAUCUGAGUGAAAUACUAUACAGGGGAAUAAAAGAGAUCUUAUUUUUUUUUUUUUAUACUUGGCGUUUUUUGAAUAAAAACCUUUUGUCUUAACUCA